GAUUGAUUAAAGGCGUUCAAGAACACUGAUCAGGUCAUGAUGUCAUUGUCAGCUGAUGUUAAAGCGUUUUUUUUCAUCGCUAUCAGUGUGGUUUUAGUUCCGACGCUCCACGCGUUUGUUUUCAGUGUGCUGCUAUGGAGAGCUCAACCGAAGUUGGAAAGAAGAUGUCAUGGCUGGUCUUGUCACUGGUAUUGCUUACACUUGGGCUGGUUCAGUGCAGGCCGCCUUUUCAGGACGAGGCAGGACUGGACCCUGAAGUCAAUAUGAACAUUAGUGAGAUCAUCAGACACUGGGGCUACCCAGCUGAAGAAUUUGAAGUGGUCACCGAGGAUGGGUACAUACUGAGCGUCAACCGAAUCCCACAUGGGGUCAAAAACAAGGAUGGACAAGAAGCCAAGCCUGUAGUGUUCCUCCAACACGGUCUCCUCGCUGCUGGAAGUAACUGGGUGACAAACCUGCCCAACAAUAGCCUGGGUUUCGUCCUAGCCGACGCUGGAUUUGACGUGUGGAUAGGCAACAGUCGUGGGAACACCUGGUCCAGAAAACAUGUCAGCCUUGACCCUAAACAGAAAGAAUACUGGCAAUUCAGUCAUGAUGAAUUGGCUAAGAAGGAUCUUCCUGCAGUGAUAAACUUCAUUACAAAAGCCACUGGCCAAGAGCAAAUGUUUUAUGUGGGCCAUUCCCAGGGAACCACUAUAGCAUUCAUGGCUUUCUCUACGAUGCCGGAGCUGGCCAGCAAAAUCAAGAUGUUCUUUGCCCUGGCUCCUGUCGCCACAGUGGGGUUGACUAAAAGCCCCAUGACCAAAUUGUCUGUUAUUCCAGAGUUUCUCAUUUGGGAUCUCUUCGGAAGAAAAGACUUCCUGCCUCAGAAUGACUUGAUUAAGUUUUUUGCCACUGAAUUCUGCAGCAAAAAGCCUUUGAGUGUGCUGUGUGGAAACAUCUUCUUUCUCCUCUGUGGUUUUGAUGAGAAGAACCUGAACAUGACCAGAACACCUGUGUACACGACACACUGCCCAGCAGGAACCUCAGUCCAGAAUAUGGUUCAUUGGGCUCAGGCUGUGAAAUCCAGUAAGCUUAUGGCAUACGAUUAUGGAAAAGCUGGAAAUAUGGCACAUUAUAAUCAGUCAACCCCUCCUCUGUACAAUGUGAAGGACAUGACUGUACCUACAGCUUUGUGGUCUGGUGGACAGGACACUCUGGCAGAUCCUCAGGAUGUGGCUCUUCUGCUCACACAGAUACCUAAUUUGAAGUACCACCGCAACAUCGAGCACUGGGAACACCUGGAUUUCAUCUGGGGCUUGGACGCCCCACAAGAGAUGUACAGCAAAAUGAUUGAAAUUAUGAGGGAGUAUGUGUGAAGAGAUAUUUUGAUUGAGCAGCAGGUUUUAUCAGCAAUUUGUUUUUACCAUGCUUUGAGCUUAAAGCGAUAGUUCACAUCAUUAACCAAACAAUUGAUGCGACCCCAUUGACUUCCAUGGUAUUUUUUCCAUACUAUGGAAGUCAAUGUGGUCCACCAAAGGGAAUGUGCUUACCAAAGUUCUUCAAGAUAUCAUCUUUUGUGUUCAGCAGAAGAAAGAAAUUCAUACAGGUUUCAAACAACUUGAGGAUGAGUAAAUGAUGACAGAAUUUAUUUUUGGGUGAACUAUCCCUUUAAGCUUAUGCUUUUCUACCUCUGUUUAUUCAUGCUUUAAGCAGAUGAACCAUUUGUUUGAGGUGCUGGCAACCCAAUCUGCAAUCACAAUGUGUAUUUGAAAUUACAAACUGAUUAAUGCCUUUAGCAUCACCUAAAGAUUGAGUUUUACACUCAUAAUCAGGUGUUGCCUUUUAAUGAAUUUUAAAGGACAUGCACUUGUUUAAUGUGUUUUUCACUUUUUCAUUUUUCUUUUACUAACCACUACAACUUACUAUACUGUAGCAUUUCAUGACCUGUCUUAUGUAAUGGAUUUUGUAAAUCAAAAUAAAAACCCAAUAAACAUACAUUGAUGCAGAA